AUGUCUACACCUGGGAAAGCCCACUUCAAGAUCCCAGCGAUCGCCGGUACUGAUAUCUGGAGGAAACCUUCAACCUUGCUUGGGGCGAAACCCACAAAUGUCUUCAACGCACCAACAGCAUGCCUCGGCAGCAAACUGUUAAGGAACUUCCGCAGAGCCAGAAUCUCAUUUUCCCUUCCUCCCCGCUCGGAGUUGAACAAGUACGACCAAGGAGGCCUUCUCCUUUCCCUCAAACGAGAGGGCGAACUGAAAGAGAAUUCACAGUGGAUUAAAACCGGUAUUGAAUACUACCUCGACGAACCAUGGGUUGGCACAGUAUGUUGUGACAAAUGGGCCGAUUGGUCUAUCGCUCCUCUUGGAGGGGAGGCUGAUUCCGAAACAGAAGGCCCAACAGCUACUAUUGAAGUUGAGAGGUCGGAUGAUGAGCUUGGAAAGAGUUUGUGGAUUUAUUUGAUCAAGGGAGACAAGAGGAUUCCUCUGAGAGAGGUGAACUGGAUUUUCGCACAGGAUCAUGAAGAUGUGUGGUUGGACGUUAGUGCAUAUACGGCUAGGCCGUUGGCAAAGGAGGGGAAGGAGAAGGAGGAACUGAUAGUGAAGUUUUGGGACGAUGAGGUUGUUUGGGGGGCAUAA